GCCCUAGUUGCAGCGGGACAUAAGCGAUCCGGUGCCGCCGGGUCCCGUCUCACCCAGGCCCCGGCACCUCUGUCGACAAUCCACGUCACGUAUUUCGACUAGAGCAACAGCACCCACUGCAUCACACUGUUGUGCGGGACCGAAAACCAUUUCUGGCCUUCAGUCUAGCUGCGUCGCUUAUUCCCCACAACCAAAUAGCUAUAGCGCAUUCUAUCCUCUGCGCAUCUCCGGCUAAGAUCCGCGACUCGGACAGGUACCCAACACCAGAGAGCGACUGAACGCCUGUUAGCGUCCUGUGCCAGAUACAUGUACUAGCACAUACUUGGCAGCAGCAGCCAUGGCCCACCACGUGGGCUUCUUCACCUACCUGCGACUCAAAGUCAUCGUCACGCUCUUACGCGGCCUGCUCGUCGUGCAGGGCUAUCUGCCGCUCCGCCGGGACCGGCUGCUCGCCCAGAAGAUCCCUGUCCACCGCGAGCGCGUCCGUAUCCCCUCGCGCGACCCAGCCCGCUUCAUUGACGCCUACCUCUACCACCCGCCCUCGCCGUCCUCCGGCCCGGCCCCCGUUGUCGUCAACUGGCACGGCAGUGGUUGGGUCUUCCCGCUGCUGGGCAGCGACGAGCUCUACUGCCGACGGAUCGCGCACGAGGCGUCCAUCUACGUGCUCGACGCCGACUACCGCAAGGCGCCAGAGAACCCCUACCCGGGCCCGCUCAACGACGUCGAGGACGCGCUGCGCUGGGUCGGCUUGCAGUCCUCGCGCUUCGACCCCGCGCGGGUUGCGCUCUCGGGCUUCAGCGCCGGCGCCCACCUGGCCCUCGUCGCCGCAUCCGCGCUCCGCAAGUCGCUGGCCCAGCUCCACCUCACCAUCGUUGCCGUCGUCGCACACUACCCGGAAACCGACCUGUCGGCCGAGCCCGAGACCAAGACAGUCCCCGCCCCGAUCCGCCCCCACCCGCACGCGAUGCUGCAUUUUUUCCACGACUGUUUCGUCCCCGAUAAGGACCUACGUACCGAUCCAAAGGUAUCACCGUCGCGGGCUGACCCGGCAGAGUUCCCGCCGCAUGUGAUUAUGCUGACGGCAUCGGGGGAUGUUUUCUCUCCUGAGGCGGUCGAGCUCGCGGCCAAGCUGGACGAUGGCCGGAGGACCGUGGUCGUGAAGACGCUGGCGGAUGUGCAUCAUGGCUUUGACAAGGGCGCGCAGAGAGGCACCAAGGAGUGGGACAGACGGGAGGAGGCGUAUGAGGUUGUUGUUAAGAGCCUGAAGGACGCGCUCCAGGUUUCAUAGACUUCAAUGCGCUCUCUCUUUCCACCAGCACCUUACCACUGUUGGGACGUGCUGUUGCAUAUGGGCAGUCUUGGCAUGGUAGGAGACGAUGUGCUUGGCCCGGGCCGAGAGAGUUUGCUCUCGGUGCACGGUUCAUGUGUAUCCCAUCGUCGCAUCGCCUUUUUGUGUAGCUUCGUGGCGCGAACUUCCCUUUGCUUUCGAUUUCGAAAAUUCUCGUUGUUAAUGAGGGUUUAUCGCUGGAUUUAAUGUCGCUCAAUCGGCAUUCCAUGUCGUUGUCCAUUUUGUAAGGUGAGUCUGGCCUUGACGAGCCCGGAUGAGAGAUGAACAGGAGGAUGACUGAAGAGAACGAGGGGUUGGGAGAGAAGGGCUGAA